AUGAUAAACAGCGCAAGGUCAGCUGCUUUUGCCUUUUUGCAUGCUGCAAGUCCCAAGUUCAACGGCCCGACUGUGUCUUAUGUAAACGUCCACCACACUUGGCCCGAUGUUUGA